AUGUUUAUUUUGAAGAGUUUGGUGGCCGUCUUGGCCUUGGGAUUGGUUCAAGAUACCAUUGCCGCUGCAGCUGCACCCGCAUGCUGUACGAACAAAUGCGGCAAGUCAGUCCAGUUGGCGAAGAAUGGAAAAAAGGAUUGUUCCGCACUUCUGAUCAAGACUGUGACUCCCACUAGAACCACCACCCAUUUUAGGACGACGACUAUCACUCGAAAGACCACCCUCUCUAGAACGAUAACCUUGACUGGAGGUUCAACUGUUACCAAGGCAGUGACUGAUACUACAGAUAUCACGGUCACUACUAUCGCCUCAGAGACCGAUUAUAGCACCAGCACAUCCCUCGCAACAGUCGAAGAAACAGAAACUGUGACGGAUAUCUCCACCGCGGUUGAAACUAACACUGAAACAACCACGGUUCCUUACGUCUCGAACUCUUUCAUCAAGCGUAACGCAAAGCCUACCAAGCCAGCCUACGCAUCUGCUUGCGAUAAUAGUGCAUAUACCCGUGCUUGCUCCUGCAUUGGUAUAAAACCCAAGACAACCACUAGGGCAGCCGUCGUCAAAACCGUUUACAAGACUAGAACUGCCUACAAAACCAAUACGGCGUAUACAACCUUUACUGUCUACAAAACCAACACAGAGACACGUACCAGCACUGCCCCUGCUGAAACACGUACCGAAAUAGUCUCUCUGACUACAUACACGACUAUUAUCUCUGGUACUGCCAUUACUGCCACCGAAACCCUGACUCUCACGGAGUCUGCUACCACCACUGAAACAACAGUUGUUGUGACCACUCAAACCGCGGCUCCAGUACCACCCACAUGUGUCGGGAAAGGUUUCUCAUUUCAUCUCACUGGUAGCGUCGUAAAUGCCAAUGGCUGGGGUAUGGGUAUGAUAAAUUCUAUCGGUCAAGGAAUCUACGUCCGUUUGUUUAGCGGAGGCAGCUCGGCAAUGGUGAUCGACGGUGAUAACGGGCUUCAGAGCUGGUACGGCUCUGAUUACCAAUAUGUUAUUCUAACUGGAAGCCUCCCGACCAAAGUCUGGAUCAAAUCCGCCCGAUCGAAUGUCUCAUACACAUGGCAACAAACCGCACUGACAUGCGGCAUUGGAAGUGGUCCGAAUUAUGAUCUCACCUGUAAAUCCGCGACUACGACCUACUUGGUUACGUUUUGCCGCAACCCAACUUACUUCGAAUGGGAGCUUUACGUUUAUACUGAUGUUAGUCAGUUGGCUGGGAUGGUAUGUUCGAACGAUGGUGCGAUUAAAGCGACAUGUAUCCCCUAG